UAAGCCUCUUCUUAUAAAAAUGGCCGUAAGCAUAGUACGUACCGUAAUCAUACAAGCAUGACACCUUGGGUUGUCAUUUGCUGUCAAGAACCGCCGCUGUACAUGUGUCUCGAUGGUGGAUUCCUGCUGCCUACACAACCAAAGCGUUGCUCACCUCCCCACCACCGGCUCAACCGGAGUUGUCCCCAUGUGCCCCCUCCAACCCCUUCACCCCCGGUGGCUGCAGCCAGUGUCGGCGCCAAUGCCAACCCCAACCGCCUUUACCUCAAGAAACCAUCCACUGAGAUGUCUGGGCCGCACCCCAUCGCCUGACGAAGGCGGCGACCGCCAGACACACCAAAGCACCGUGGCCGAGACGACCACCAAAGCCGAGAACCAGACAUACGCUCUACUGGAUAUGAAAUUUAAUCAUGAGCAUUUCAUCCAAACUAGGAAGCUUCCACAAAUACAUGAUACGUUACCUUCACCAAGAGCCCUAGGACGCGCCCAAAACGACAGGCACACACAAAGAAACGAUCGCCCGACAACCAUGAGCCCAAACCCACCAGGCAGAAAAAGAAACGAUGACCGAACAAGGUCACUACGCAGCACGAAACAGAACAGCAAACGACGACAUGGUAGAACAGAAGGCAUAGAUGGCAUAGACGGCAUAGACGGGCAUAGGAGGCAUAGACGGGCAUAAAUGGCGGGAUGACAGGAGAAUGACGGCACAGACGCGGAAAAAAAG